CUAGCAUUCUCUAAUCCUUAUUCCUCAACAGCACCACACCUAUAAAGAUUGGAAAGAGAAGAGGUUCAACAACCACCAUGGCAAUCAGAUAUUUUCAUCCAAACGCUAUCCUUCCAAGAGACCAGACAAGAAAGACCAUGGCGAGAGCUUCCCUGAUCUACAACAGCCAAAUAUCACCCAAAACAUCAGUUUCUUUAAGCAAUUUCUUCAGGAUCAACAACAAGGUCUACGAAGAUCAAGUGAGGGGUAUAAUAUGCUCCAGAGAUGAAAGAGGAGAAAUAAUUUGUGAGGGAUAUGAUGAAGGAUCAAGACAUAGUCACCGUUUAUCUUCAGAAAAUGGAAAAAGAAUUUGUGAGGGAUACAAUGAAAGACCAAGAUAUCAUCUUCGCUCACCAGCACAAGUAGAAGAAACUGUUUGUGAGGCAUAUGAUGACCAGGUGAAGGGUAUAAUCUGCUGCAGAGAUAAAACAGGAGAGAUGAUCUGUGAGGGAAUUGAUGAGGGACCAAGAUACAGUUACCGGUCAUCAUCACAAAACACAUAUGAAGCUAGGUACAGAAGAAAGCACAUCAGUUCUCGCAUAAAUUCCAAUCACAUGUCGCAUUGAGAGGUAAGACUAAGGAGAUACAAGCUUUCAUACAGAUGUCAAGGUACUUGUUGGUACUAUCUGCAAGUUAUUCAGGUUUCUAAACAUGAAUUCUAAUAUGUUCAGAAUGAGUAAAUGAUAAAGUUGAAUGUUGCCAGGAUCAAA